AUGUACAACAGCAAGCCCCUCGAAAGUGACCUCCCCAGCAGCCGCCAGCUGGCGCGCACUACCCUCAUCGCCGCCGGCAUCGCCGUCGUGCUUCUCAUCGGUGUCGUGCUGCCUGCGGAACACGCCGUGGAUCCGUUGGGUAUAGGCCGAAUGCUGGGUCUGACCGAGAUGGGACAGAUCAAGCAGCAACUGUCCGAAGAAGCCGCAGCGGAUGCGGCCAUGGAUGCCCGGGCCGAGGAGGGCCUCGCCGUGCUCACCCAGGUCUCCACGCGGGAUCGCCAGACAGUCGAAGUCACUCCCAAGCCGGCCGCUGCUUCGGCCUCAGCGCCCGCAGCCACGGAAUGGCGUGACGAAGCCGAAGUCGUGCUGGCGCCCGGUCAGGGUACCGAAAUCAAGCUUUCCAUGAAGGAAGGCGAGCGUGCGACCUACACCUGGUCGGUCCAGGGCGGGGUGGUGAACUUCGACACCCAUGGUGACGGCGGUGGUCGUGCGAUCAGCUAUGAGAAGGGGCGAGGUGAGGCGUCCGACCAGGGCGUACUUCUGGCCGCCUUUACGGGCAACCACGGCUGGUUCUGGCGCAAUCGCGGCGAGGAACCGGUCACCCUGCUGCUGCGUACGGGCGGGCAGUAUGAACAGCUGAAGAAAAUGUAA